AUGACAGAAACUUAUCAGUCUACCAUUGUCCCCGACGGCAACCGAGCGACAAAAGAUAUCUCCAACCUCUACAGCAGAGUCGAUCACUCUUUCGCUAUCAAAGGAAAUUCCCAAGGAAAACCACUCGUCUCCUCAUGGGAUCCCACCAUCCAAGACACACUCUCCUCGCUUUUACGCUGGACGGGCUCCUACUCGGCCGAGUCGCAGGAGCACUAUCUCAAGUUUGCGCGUGAGGUUGUGGUUCCCCGUCUCAACCCGCCUCGCGCGGCCGACUGGCCUCAUUACAUCGGAACGCACAACCAUGGGCCAUACGAGCUAAGCAUCGCCUUUUCGCCUCAUAAAAAGGCCAAAGUACGGUUUUCAGUACAGCCGCUGGCUGAGAGCCAUGUGGUCGAUGACCCCCUAGGGCAAAAGGAUCUACGAAAGAAAUGUGAAGAUUUCGCGUCUGCAUGCCAUGCAGACCGUGAUCGACUGGAUAACUUUUUCGAUUCAAUCUUCCUCACUGAAGAGGAGCAGGCCGGGCUACUUGAGAAGCAUGCUGGUCGCAGUGACGCGGCCGGUGCGCUGCCUCAGCAAAAUUGUUUCGUUGCAUUCGAUCUCGAGCCCGUUGAUAGCGGCAGCCCGGCUGUUAAUAUGAAGCUGUAUUUGUUUCCGCAGCUCAAAGCUCUUGCAACAGGCAAGGACCUACUAGACGUCACAGAGUCCAUUCUGAGACGACUUGCCGGUGGUGAUAAGGAGCUGCUAGCAUCCUGGCAAAUGGUUCGAUCAUUUCUAACCUCUGAUGGCAAGGAUAAUCUCAUACAUUUCCUUGCCAUCGACUGUCUGGGGCCCCAGAUGAAGCCUCGAUUCAAAGUCUACACCCACACUCAUGUUAACUCGCUCGCCUCAGCCCGUCGUGUCAUCACUAUGGGUGGUCGUGUCCCCUCACCGAAGUAUCUAGAUACUCUCUGGCCCCUCCUUAUGGAUAUGGAAGAUGUUUCUCUGACUGAUAGAGAGGGACUGCAAAAGCCUCUCCGCGAACCGGAAAGCAAGUACUGUGGGCUUAAUCCAACGUUUGAGCUGGGUCCGGGCAACGCAGUUCCGGUGGUCAAGAUGUAUGUGCCUAUAUGGCAAUACGCGCGCGACGAGCCCGGGAUUGUGCGUCGCUACCAGCGCUUGCUACAGACGCAGGGUUUGGGGCAUUACGAUAUUGAGGCUGCUAUUCAAUGCGUCUUUGGCGAUGAGAGGGAUACAAGCCUGCAUAAUAUGGCAUCAAUCGUCUCUACGGGAGGCGGGGAAAAUGUAGCCUUUACCGCCUACCUCGGGCCAAAGUUCUGGGACUAA